AAGGGAACGAUGACUUAGUGAAGCAGCACAAACAGAACCUGUGAGAACCAAUGGCGCAAACGAUCGAUCCAAGGAGCGGCUUCUGCAAAUCAAACUCCGUCUUCUACAGCAAACGCAAGCCAAUUCCACUCCCGCCGAACCAGUCUCUAGACGUCACCACUUUCAUCGCGUCUAGGGCCCACCAUGGCAGAACCGCCUUCAUCGAUGCUGCCACCGGCAGCAAACUCAGCUUCGCUGAACUAUGGAGAGCUGUGGAGUCCGUCGCGUCGUGUCUGGCCGAGAUGGGCGUACGCAAGGGCCACGUCAUUCUGCUACUCUCUCCGAACUCCAUCUUCUUCCCUGUUGUUUGUCUUGCAGUCAUGUCCCUCGGUGCCAUCAUCACAACUACUAAUCCACUCAACACGCCGCGCGAAAUCUCCAAGCAGAUCUCCGAUUCGAAAGCGUCACUCGCCUUCACGACUCUGGAACUCGUCCCCAAGCUCGCCGCGGCUUCUUCUCUUCCGAUCAUCCUCAUCGACGGGACGAGCAGCCAAUCGACUUCUAAUGUAAAAAUAGUGAAUAAUUUGAGUGAGAUGAUGAAGAAGGAGCCCAGUGGAAGCCGAGUCAAGGACCGAGUCAACCAGGACGACACGGCCACUCUGCUUUACUCUUCUGGAACAACCGGUGCAAGCAAAGGCGUUGUGUCUUCUCAUCGUAAUCUAAUCGCUAUGGUACAGACCGUUCUGAGUAGAUUCAAUCUCGAAGACGGAGAACAAACGUUUAUUUGCACAGUUCCUAUGUUCCACAUCUACGGCUUAGUAGCAUUUGCUACUGGCCUUCUGGCAUCAGGAUCGACGAUUGUCGUGCUUUCCAAAUUCGAGAUGCACGAGAUGCUAUCUUCGAUCCAGAAGUACAGAGCGACAUAUCUCCCUUUGGUGCCGCCGAUACUGGUGGCGCUAAUCAACGGCGCCAAUCAGGUGAAGGCUAAGUACGAUUUAAGUUCGCUGAACUGGGUCUUAUCGGGCGGAGCACCAUUGAGCAAGGAGGUUAUAGAGGGGUUUGUGGAGCAGUAUCCAACGGUGACGAUUCUACAGGGAUACGGAUUGACGGAAUCAACAGGGGUCGGAGCAUCAACGGACUCGCUGGAGGAGAGCCGGCGGUACGGUACGGCUGGGAUGUUGUCAACGUCUAUGGAGGCGAAGAUAGUGGACCCGGAGAGUGGUAAGGCUUUACCAGUGAAUCGGACAGGCGAGCUUUGGCUCGGAGGUCCCACCAUUAUGAAAGGUUAUUUUAGUAACGUAGAAGCUACUGCAUCUACCCUCGAUUCACAGGGAUGGUUAAGAACUGGAGAUCUCUGCUACAUUGAUGAUGAUGGCUUCAUUUUUGUGGUUGAUAGGUUAAAGGAGCUUAUUAAGUACAAGGGAUAUCAGGUCCCUCCUGCCGAACUUGAGGCCUUGUUACUCACUCAUCCAGAAAUUUCUGAUGCUGCUGUAAUACCAUUUCCUGAUAGGGAAGUUGGGCAAUAUCCCAUGGCAUACGUGGUAAGAAAAUCCGGGAGUAAUUUGACGGACAGCGCAAUCAUGGAUUUUGUAGCAAGACAGGUUGCCCCGUACAAGAGAAUUCGGAGAGUUGCAUUUAUAACAUCAAUACCUAAGAAUGCAUCCGGCAAGAUCCUCAGGAAGGAUCUGAUACAGCUUGCAACCUCCAAACUCUGAAUAAGAACUAUCCCAGAAGCAUGUACGUUAACUCAGUAUUCCUUGUAUUAUAUGCCCAUAGGCCAUAACUCUUCUUUUCUUGCCUACUUUAUCUUGGAUUUAGACUCUUAACUUCCUUGUUUGAGAUGGUUAUUAUGCGAAUGUUAUAACGCUAUAGGACGCCUUGGUCUAUAUAAUUUUUUUUCUUUUCCAA